UCCAAUUAAACUGCCAAAUCACCAAUUCCAGGGAAAAGCAAAGAUGUCGGGAAGAGGAAAGGGAGGCAAGGGACUGGGCAAGGGAGGAGCAAAGCGACACCGUAAGGUCCUCCGUGAUAACAUCCAAGGGAUCACUAAGCCAGCAAUACGGCGUUUGGCUCGAAGGGGAGGAGUCAAGCGAAUCAGCGGUUUAAUCUACGAGGAGACUCGUGGAGUUCUGAAGAUCUUCUUGGAGAACGUGAUUCGUGAUGCCGUCACCUACACUGAGCACGCGAGGAGGAAGACCGUGACUGCUAUGGAUGUGGUUUAUGCACUGAAGAGGCAGGGUAGGACUUUGUACGGGUUCGGCGGUUAAAUGAAUUAUAAUUUGAGUAGGGGAGGAAAUGGGGAUUUGAAGUCUUGCUGUCAAGAAUGUUUGAGGUUAGGGUUUGGGUUAGUGUCUGUAAUUAAGGUGGGUUUAUUGGAUUACUAGAAAUUAUAGUUUGGUCAGUGGUUUUUUUCUUUGGCGAUUAGUAAUUCCUGGUCUGAAUUUCCAAUUUUAGUGAAAUUUGAAGUUCGUUUUGUUAA